AAAUCCAAGAGGGAGUGAACGAUUAUCGGAUAGCUACUAAAUUAAAGAUAGGAUUCAGUUCAUUACCAUCUAAAGAUGGCAAUGAAAGCAGGGAAAUGUCCGACGGAUGAAUUGUCCACUACAAAUUAUGCUAUCACCUCUCCUCAUGACAUAGAUGACCAACAAUGCAGACAUGUAGAAAUUUACACCUCUCCACAUAUGAAGUUUGUAUUCUCUGUGAAGAACUGUGAUCGCAUGCAGCAAGGCUAUGUGGGGUUUAACUUGAUGCAAAGAAGAUGGGCAAAUAUUUCACUGAAUCAAGAGUUAACAGUAAAAACUUAUAAAUUCAAUCCCAAAACAGACACAAUAGGCACCAUUGUAGUGGAGGUGGACUUCCUCCAGAAGAAAAACGCUAAUUCAGAUCCACAUGACACAGACAAAAUGGCAGCCGAGUUUCUGAUGCAGUUCAAUAACAUGGCCUUCACAGAGGGUCAGAGUUUGGCUUUUCAAUUUGCUGACAAAAAAUUACUGGUCCUCACUGUCAAAGAGAUAGAAGUAAUUGAUUUUACCAAAAUGAAAGAGGGGGGCACUGGAACUUCAAAGAGGGCACAUUUAGGUUUGUUGACACCUAACACAACAGUGGUGUUUGAGAAAGCAGAUACAUCCACAAUUAAUUUAACAGGAAAGUCUAAAAGUAAGCAGGCCUUUACCUCCAUAAUCAAUCCUGACUGGGACUUCAAUAAGAUGGGUAUUGGCGGUCUGGAUAAAGAAUUCUCAGCAAUAUUUAGGAGAGCUUUUGCCUCUCGAGUUUUCCCACCAGAAGUUAUAGAACAGUUAGGAAUGAAGCAUGUGAAAGGUAUUCUACUUUUUGGUCCCCCAGGAACUGGAAAAACUUUAAUGGCAAGACAAAUUGGAAAGAUGUUAAAUGCCAGAGAACCUAAGAUUAUAAAUGGACCACAGAUUCUAGAUAAAUAUGUCGGAGAGUCUGAGAAAAACAUCAGAAUGCUGUUUGCAGAUGCCGAAGAAGAAGAACAAAGGUGUGGUCCUCACAGUGGUCUACACAUCAUCAUUUUUGAUGAGAUAGAUGCCAUUUGUAAAUCCAGAGGGUCUGUGGCUGGAAACACAGGGGUUCAUGACACAGUGGUAAAUCAGUUGUUGUCAAAGAUUGAUGGUGUUAAUCAGCUGAACAACAUCCUUGUUAUAGGAAUGACCAACAGGAAAGAUAUGAUAGAUGAAGCUUUAAUAAGACCAGGCAGAUUAGAAGUUCAGAUGGAAAUUGGUUUACCAGAUGAACAGGGCAGAGUACAAAUUUUAAAUAUUCACACAUCUACAAUGAGAGAAAACGGAAAGCUGUCCCCAGAUGUUGAUAUAGAGGAGCUGGCUGCCAUGACUAAGAACUUUAGUGGAGCCGAGAUUGAAGGCUUGGUAAAGGCAGCACAGUCCACAGCCAUGAACCGACUGAUCAAAGCUACCAGCAAGGUGGAGGUGGAUCCAGACGCCGUGGAGAAACUACUGAUCACAAGGAAGGACUUCAUGCAUGCUCUGGAAUACGACUGCACACCUGCAUUUGGAAGUAGUAAGAAAGAGUUUGAGAAAUAUAUAUCCAAUGGAAUCAUUACUUGGGGGGAUCCUGUUCACAGAGUGUUGGAGGAUGGGGAUCUACUGAUAUCACAGGCGAAAACUAGUACUACCACACCUCUAGUCACAGUACUUGUGGAAGGUCCACCAAACAGUGGGAAAACGUCCCUUGCUGCACAGAUAGCCAAAAACUCUGACUUCCCAUUCAUCAAGGUGAUCAGUGCAGAGAACAUGAUUGGUUUUACAGAACCUGCUAAAUGUCAGGCAAUAAAGAAGAUGUUUGAUGAUGCAUACAAAUCUCCACUAAGCUGUAUCAUUGUUGAUGACAUUGAAAGACUUUUAGACUAUGUUCCCAUUGGUCCACGAUUUUCUAAUCUAGUCCUGCAGGCUCUGUUGGUGCUCCUAAAGAAAGCCCCACCAUCGGGUCAUAAACUUUUGGUGAUUGGAACUUCAAGUAGGAAAGAUGUUCUCCAGGAAAUGGAUAUGGCACAAACAUUCGGGACAAUUAUACAUGCCUCCAAUAUCUCCAGUAGUGAACAUCUAAUGGCAGUCCUGGAGAAUGUGGAUGCCUUCAACAGCAAUGAACUGGAAAUUCUCAAAAGGAAAACCAGUGGAAAGAGGUUGUGGAUUGGUAUAAAGAAAUUGCUAGUUCUUAUAGAAAUGGCCAGACAGAUUGACGAGUCACAUAGAAUCCCCAAGUUUCUGUGUGUUUUGGAAGAGGAGGGUGGACUAGAGAUGACUGUUUAGAAUAUACUUUAUUAUUAUUUAUAAAUAUUGUGAUAGAUUUAAUGAAAAA